AUGAAUUUUGUUGAUCCAAGUCAAUGGAAUAAUAUUAGUAUUGAUUUAAGAGAUAUACUCAUAGAAAAAGGUCCGAUGAAAAUUCAUGAUUACGAUUUUCCACAAGAUGAACACUCAAGAAGCUUUAAUACAUCUCACUAUAUGCGAACAUUACCAAAUGGAGAAACGUUAGAAAGAAAAUGGUUGAUUUUUUCUAUAGAUUUAGAUAGAGCAUUUUGUUUUUGUUGUAAACUGUUUAACGUGAAUCAAUGUACAAGCAGCUUAGCUAAAGAAGGUAAUAAUGAUUGGAAAAAAAUUAGUAGUAAAUUAAAGGAACAUGAAAAAAGUAAAGUACAUAUUAACAAUAUGAGAACAUGGAUGGAAUUAGAGAUAAGAUUGGCGAAAAAUAAGACAAUUGAUAAACAAGCUCAAGAUCAAAUAAAUAAAGAAAAAGAACAUUGGAGAAAUGUGCUAAAAAGAAUUAUUUCUCUUGUAAAGGGUCUUGGUAAAAAUAAUUUAGCGUUUCGUGGGACAAAUGAACAAUUGUAUGAAGAAAACAAUGGUUUAUUUUUAGCCGGUAUUGAGAUGAUUGCAGAAUUUGAUCCGGUAAUGCAAGAACAUGUUAGACGCAUACAAAGUAAAGAAAUUCAUAGCCAUUACCUUGGACCCAAAAUGCAAAAUGAACUAAUAGAUUUAUUAUCAAAUGAGGUCAAGACCAAAAUUAUUAAAAAAGUUAAAGAAGCUAAAUAUUUUUCAAUUAUUCUUGAUUGCACUCCUGAUACAAGCCACAAGGAACAAAUGUCCAUUGUCUUACGAUGUUUAGAUAUUUCUCCAACUUCAAUAGAAGUUAAAGAAUACUUUCUAGAAUUUUUGAUAGUGAAUGAUACAACCGGUAAAGGUCUUUUUGAUUCUAUUAUUGAAGAACUUAAUAGAAUAAGACUCAAUGUAGAUGACAUUAGAGGACAAGGUUAUGAUAACGGAUCUAAUAUGAAAGGAAAACAUAAGGGAGUACAAAAACGCUUGUUACAAGUUAAUCCUAGAGCCUUUUAUGCUCCAUGUGGUUGUCAUAGUUUAAAUUUAGUAAUUUCUGAUAUGGCUAUCUCUUGUAAAAAAGCUGAGGAUUUUUUUGGAACCAUACAACGUAUUUAUUCUAUUUUUGCAUCAUCAACUAAAAGAUGGAAAAUUUUACAAGAUAAUAUACCAUAUUUAACUCUUAAAGCAUUAUCACAAACACGUUGGGAAAGUCGGUUAGAAAGUGUUAAAGCAAUUAGGUUUCAAGCUCCAGAACUAAGAAAUGCAUUAAUGGAUUUGUAUCGUGAUAGUGACGAUCUUAAGGUUAAAAGUGAGGCUAAAUCUUUAGUUGAAAAUGAGUUGGAAAAAUUUGAAUUUUUAUUAGCGAUGGUUAUUUGGUAUGAUGUUUUAUAUGCUGUUAAUUUAGUUAGUAAAAAUUUACAAUCAAAAGACAUGUGUAUUGACGUUGCUAUAAAACAACUAGAUGGACUUAUCUAUUAUUUUAAAAAGUAUAGGGACGAGGGAUUUGAAAAAGCUAUGAUUACGGCUAAGGAACUUGCUUUAAAGAUGGGCAUUGAACCUAUUUUUCGUGAAAAAACGUAUUAUUCAAAGAAAUAG